ACCCGUACAGACUGCUAUCCUGAAACAGGUUAAAUGGCAAUUGGGGUGUUGCAUCUAUUGUGUUAUCUCUUUCGGUUUUAUCUCGCUGGGGCACAAAUGGGAGUUAAAAGCAGCACUGAUAAGAAUGUAGGAUAUGCACUGGCUGGAAUCUGACAGGGUUGAAGUAAUCACCUGCCGCUGAAUUGAGACUCAGAUGGGAAGUAGGAAGUGCUGUGCUCAAGCUUCCUGUAUAAAUAAAUGCAGCUUUCCCACAGCUACUGCAUACAAGCUGUGACGUGCUUUUAAGAUAUAAUGGCAGCAUGCUCUUAAUAGCAGGGAAGGGAUUAUUUAUCGGAGUGGCGAAGAAACUGAAAGGCAUGUCCUUCUGCAGUCCUAUGAAGUGCACAGCCGUCAGAUACACAGAGAAGAGAAAGGGUGUGCGAGAGGAAUCUGCCUCUGCUUCUGAUUGCAAGCUGCAGUGGUUGUGACAUGAUUCUUGGGAGCGCUGGAGUGUGAGUGAAGCUAUUGAAAAGUCAAACAGCUGGGACUGAAUACUACUCUCCUUUCAAGUAAUUACAGAAGAGUGUUGCAGUUUCUGACUCAGAGGGAAGCUUCAUUCCAAGGCUUCUGGCCAUGCUGGCAUUCCAGCUCUGCAGCUGUAUGGAGCGAGUUGUGGGGACUGCAUGGUAGCAGGCAAAAAGGACAACUGAUGAGAGAAUGGGCUCUGCAGGGAAGUCUAGCCCUGACACCAUGACAGCUGACAAGUCAGAAGCUGGAGACUUAGCUCUGGAGCCCCUGGUCACUUGCAAGCUGUGUCUCUGCGAAUAUUCCCUAGAUAAGAUGACCACUCUUCAGGAAUGCCGCUGCAUCUUUUGUACAUCGUGCCUGAAACAGUACAUGCAGCUGGCUAUUCAAGAAGGUUGCGGUUCCCCUAUCACUUGUCCAGACAUGCUCUGUGUGAACCAUGGGACCCUACAAGAAGCUGAGAUUGCCUAUUUGGUACCAGUUGAACAGUUUCAGCUAUUCAAGAGGCUGAAAUUUGAACGGGAAGUCCAUUUGGACCCUCAGAGAACGUGGUGUCCUGCAGCAGACUGCCAAACGGUGUGCUGCAUUGGACCAAAUGAGUCAGGAGUGCCGGUGCCGGUGGAGUGCCCAUCCUGCCACAUGAUGUUCUGCUCCUCUUGUAAGGAAGCAUGGCACCCACAGCGCCUGUGCCCAGAAAACCAAGCUCUGGUAACAACGGAGCAGGGAUCACUUAUUGGAACAGAGACGGAAGCACCAAUUAAGCAGUGCCCAGUUUGUCGGAUCUAUAUUGAGAGAAAUGAGGGCUGUGCUCAGAUGAUGUGCAAGAACUGCAAACACACAUUUUGCUGGUACUGCCUACAGAACUUGGAUAAUGACAUCUUCUUAAGGCAUUACGACAAAGGCCCUUGCAGAAACAAGCUAGGCCACUCGCGUGCUUCGGUGAUGUGGAACAGGACGCAGGUUGUAGGGAUCCUCGUUGGACUAGGUAUCAUAGCAUUGGUGACCUCUCCCUUGCUGCUUGUGGCAUCUCCAUGCAUCAUCUGCUGCAUUUGCAAAUCUUGCCGAGGCAAAAAGAAAAAACACAGCCUACCUACAACCUAAAAGUCUGUGUCAGUUUGAGCUUGUAUCUGUACAGUAUGCAUUUGUGAGAAAGCACAACGGUUGGAUUUUGAUGCCAUAGCAUCAAAUAAUGGUCCCCUUUUUUCUUUUUUUUUCUUUUUUUUUUUGGCCAAUUUUUGGGAUAAGUGCCUAUUCUUUACAGGCUACUCUAUCGGUAACAAGUCACAGAGUGGAAAAAAGCCUAGAUAAUUGUACAGUACAUAUGGCAUAGGUUUUGCUUUCAAAAAGAAAAACAUAAUACUGUUCAGUAGUUCAUAUGCUCAAAUAUGAGCCACCUCUUGAGGUUGCUAAAACGUUACCAUCUUCUGUCAGCCACACGUGAAUCAAUUCUGCAGUAUUUAUUUGCUUUUGCAGGCCCAGUUGUUACUGUCACACUUGCUGUUGGUUCUUGGUGAAAGUCUCCAAAUUUUUUUAGUACAUUUUAAAAUGGGAAGCGGGGAGGCUUGACGUUCUUCUGUCUGCCAGCUCAUCCCAUUAGAGGUAACAAACCUCUAAAAAAAAAUUUAUUUGACAGUUUUCUGUCAACUGGCAACCAUGGCAUUUCUUUCAGCACUGAAAUCAGCACUGAUUCCAGUGACAAUUAGAAACCAACAAAACUAUUUUGAAGACGGAGCUGUCUUUUAAGAGGCUGGACUAGCCUGAGAAAGCUGUAUUUAUUUCAGAUCAGACAUGAUGCCGUAUCUACUUUGAAAUAUUAGGAGUAUGCAUAUUCCCCUGGACGUGCCUUUUGUGAGUAACUCACCAUGAAUCUAAUAAUUUAAGAAAGGCAGUGACGCAGCUCCUAUUCUGUGCAGUACUGGGAUCUUGGUUGUGUGUGUAUACAGUGACCUCAAGUCUGUGGAUGUACCAAGUGCAUAAUGCAUGAUUUAUUUUCUAGGCUGUCAGUAUAUUUUUUCAACAGCUUACAUGGGAUUGCAGCAAGAACCUUGUGAUGUUACUCAGAACAGGAUAAGCAAAACCCUAUCUUGGACCUUCUGGACCUGCUGAUGUAAAUACUUGAGAAAUGCUGUGUAACUGUCAAUCCACAGGUGGAUAUUUCUUCUAUUCUGCUCAAGGUUAACGAACUGUUACAUAUCAUUUUUAGUUAUUCUGAAUCUGUCAUUUAAUACAGCCUUCAUUUUCAUUUGGUGCCUCACUGUCAAACUGAUUGAGACCCUACUAUCAGUUACACCUAUAUAAAUUCACUGAAACCUCCCUGAAGAGCUGAAGUUAUUUCAGGCUCACUCAGGAGUAGCUGAGAUCAGAGUCUGCUCCUCUGAGUUUAUUUCCUUAAUGGCUGGUGCUCUUCAUAACCCUGGCCAGCGGCGGCUUAAGUUCUGGGCUCCCAGUACAUUUUAUAUCAGUGGGAACUGAUACGAGUUUGCACUAUGUAAUCAGUUGUAAUUCCAAACCCCUUGUGAUAAGGGCUGCAAUAUUUAAAUGAGAUGCUCGGCCUGAGCAUUGUCUCAGGCUCUUCCUCCUCUUGUCUACCCUCCUGCGUGUACACGGUGCAAGGCACCAGAAGAAUGUUGUGAAGAGCAUCUCUUCUGUUGCAUUUGGCUGAACCUCAGGAACUUUGCCGUCUUGGCAGUUGUAAAUGUGACCUUUCUUUGUUUAACGUCGCCCUCUGGUUCCUGUAACAGAAGUGGUAGAUAUUCUUAUUUUAAGAAAGUGCAGUCUGUUGAGCAGACUAGCAUGGACAAAGGCCUUAAAUGAUAUUGUCUGUUUUACUUUUACAUUGAUUUAUUGUAUAAAUGCUGUCUGUUUGUUGUUUUUUUUUUUACCAGUGGCGGUGCUUGCCAGUUGGAAAGGCUGUGUUUAUUCUCCAUCCAUAGCCUCUAAAAGAAGCAGAAAGAUAGUCAGUUCAUUUUAAAUGUAAAGUGCAAUGCAGGCAACUAUGAUUUAUAAUAAGCAGAGAAUGUUUUUAAUAUGUUUUUUGGUUUUUUUUUUUUUUUUUUUUUUUUUUUUUUUUUUUUUUUUUUUGGAAGAAUAGUGAUGGUUGUGCUUGGGGGCAUUUAUGGCAUAUUAAAGUACCCAGCCCUUGGCUUUGCACUAUUUUUCUACCAAUGUUUUUAUGGCACUGCUGUCAUUUUCAGCUUAUUUAUGAACUUGCGGUUAAGAGUCUUACUAUAAGAAAGCCUCAAGAACAAAGGUAUAAGAGCUGUACAGUCUCACUGACCAUAACCAGCAUUGUGAAGUACUGAUAACCUUUGCAUGUUGAACUUUGUUGUUUUUUCAUGGUUUAUGAUCAUAUUUCUGCUAGCCGGCUUCUUUCUUUGCCCGCUUCCUCUUUCUCUUGCAGAUGCUCAAUGGAAUGAAUGUUUCUUCUGAUUUUUCACUAAUAUUGCCCCAUUAAUGAAAUUAUUGAGUUCUUCCCUCUGUUAAAGGAAUGCAACUGGGGGCAGUAUCUUGCCUGGAAUACACAAUCAGACAUAAGUUGGCUGCUUACAGGUUCCACCUCUUUUAGCUCUUUAGGAACUGUCUAAAGAUAAUGCAGUCCUGUCCAUAGAGUGGCAAUUUGUUUUAACGAUUUAUAGGAAAAUAUUUUAUAAAAGCUGCAUACACAUGCAUAGCUAUAAAGUCUAGGAAAGCAAGACUAUUCUGUUUAUUUUUAUUACCUUCUCAAUCUGAGUGUCAGGUAACAACUUUCAGAGACUCCUACUAAAGAGCAGAGGUAAAAUGUGCCUUUUCCACAUUCAGUUUCUAUUACAUGUGCCAGUUUAGAUGUCUAGUGGGGUUACCAAGAAAAAUUCAGUAUCCAGGUGUUAGGACAACUUAAGAGCCAGAAUGCAAGUCCAGGCACCAAAGUAGCAGAUUAAUAGCAGUGGCCAGAUUUUAGUAAAACUCCACAAAAACUGGAUAAAGAAACACGAACUACAGGUGCACUUUGGCUGUGUAGAUAGAGCAAAUUGACAAAGAACAAAGCUCUAGAAAUACUUCCAAGCUUGAGCUAGAAAUCUUAGGAGGAUUAUUUUACUUAAAAGGCUUUGCACAGUGCAUUGUGUAUCCUCACUUUUCAUUGUGUAGUGUUUCCUGAGUAUGUGCUUUAAGUCAACAGUGACUAUGUUAGCUUGUAAGGAUUCACUGACAGCUGUGCAGAAGUUCUGGGAGCAGUAGGGCCCUUUCCAUUGGUUUUCCAGUAGAUAAAUAUUUUGCACCAAAUCAUAAUACUUACGAGGUUUCCAAAGAACUACAUUAGCAAGAGACUUUUUACAGUGUUUUUUUUUUUUGUUUUUUUUUUUAAUUUAUUUCAAAAAACAAAAAUUAUAA